AGGUUUUGCAGGAUCAAGCCAGCACUGCUCCCGCUCACGUGCCCCUUUGAGAGGCCACAUGAACGGCCGGCCGCCCGAAAUCCAAUCUUUGCUGGAGUGCGGCUGUGGCAAGCCAACAUUGGAUGGAGUUGCAAUUUUGCUUGCGCCACGCCUGUCUGAGUGGGCGGCAAGCCCGCAGUUUGCCACAAAAAUAUUGAGUGAAGUGGGCAAGCGAAGGCGUCCAGAGCUUGCAGAGCUGAUCUUGACGUGCAUGUCAGAGGGAAGGGUUGAAGUCAACGUGUUCCACUUCAGCGCUGUAAUCAGUGCAAGUGAGAAAGCCGGAGCGUGGACAUCCGCCUUGCACUUCCUCAGGGAAAUGACUCACGCAGCUGUGACUCCCAACGAAUUCAGCUACAGUGCUGCGAUCAGUGCUUUUGAGAAGGGUGGGCAGUGGGAGGGCGCCUUGGGCUUGCUGACGGAAAUGCAGCUUGAUAGGCUCUGCCCCAACGAAGUCACCUAUGGCGCCAGCAUCAGCGCCUGUGCUCGCGGCAGCAACUGGAUCUCUGCCUUGGAGUUGCUCUCGGGGCUGCAGGUCGCCUUGCUGCAAGUGAACGUGGUCACUAUCAGCGCGGCGCUGACCGCUUGCGAGAAGGCAAGCCGGUGGCAGCCCGCCAUGAGCCUUCUGGAGCUCAUGGCCAGGAAAAAGAUCAAUGCCGAUCGCAUCAGCUUCAGCUCAGCCAUCAGCACGUGUGAGAAGUGUGGAAACUGGGAAUUGGCAGUGGGUAUGUUUCGGGCUAUGCGCUUGGACUUGCAUCACCCAGAUGCUGUAAGCU